CAGAAGGAUUUAUCAGUCAACCAUGUCAAGCAAAAAGGCAAAGACAAAGACCACCAAGAAGCGCCCUCAGCGCGCAACUUCAAAUGUAUUUGCUAUGUUUGAUCAAUCACAAAUUCAGGAAUUCAAAGAGGCCUUCAAUAUGAUUGAUCAGAACAGAGAUGGUUUCAUUGACAAGGAAGAUUUACAUGACAUGCUUGCUUCCUUAGGAAAGAAUCCAACUGAUGAGUACCUAGAUGCCAUGAUGAAUGAAGCUCCAGGUCCUAUAAAUUUUACCAUGUUCCUCACAAUGUUUGGGGAAAAGUUAAAUGGAACUGAUCCAGAAGAUGUCAUCAGAAAUGCUUUUGCUUGCUUUGAUGAAGAAGCUACUGGAACUAUUCAAGAAGAUUACUUGAGAGAAUUACUGACAACAAUGGGAGACAGAUUCACAGAUGAAGAAGUAGAUGAGCUGUAUAGAGAAGCACCUAUUGACAAAAAGGGAAAUUUCAAUUAUAUUGAGUUCACACGCAUUCUUAAACAUGGAGCAAAAGACAAAGAUGACUAAAAGGAAAUGUCAAAUUCA